AUGUCCUACCUGAACAAGAGCCAGCUGCAACUGGACCAAUCCGUGAAUGUGAUCGACGCCUCGGGCUCGGUCAAGCAUGUGGGCGUCAUUGUCUUUCUCCACCUCGCGAGCGAUCAGCCCUAUGUCGAGAUUGAAUUGCUCGCAGCUGAACAAUUCGUGCCGGGCGAGCCCAACGACAACUUGCGCCGCCUAACCUUGUAUCUUCCUGAGGGCAGCUACUCUGGUCACUUUUCGGUGUGCAUCCGGAGCGGUGCAUUUUCCCAUCACACGCAUGUUCUGGAGGUCAUCAACCCCGCUGCGCCUGCUUUACGCAAUGGCCAGCUGGUGGACGCCCUACGGGAAGACGAUGUUGCAGAGCAACGCCUCUUCGGGCUUGUGCAACCGGCUACUGAGGACCACUCGGCCUACGUGGAUGUUGAGUGGUCCUUUCGUCUUGAUCAAACUCAAGAAGUCUUGUUGCUGUUACGCAACAUCUGCGUGGCCGACUCGGCGCACAAAGUGUCCUUUGGCGAGGACGAGGAUGUGCAGACCACCGUCUUUGGCGUCAUCAACUGCGACCAGUUGGCCGUUGGUCGAGCCCGUGUUUAUUUGCCAAGCCCACGAGGGGAUCAAAAUGUUCAGAAGACGCUGCACGACCAGGGGGACAUAAGCGACGCGGAGAUCUAUUGCAGCGGCGGCGGCGGCGGUGGUGUCAUCAUUGUGGUGCACACCGCAGCGCAGCUGCUGACCACUUCGUCUCAGUUGCACCAACACCUGGCCGCGCUCGCAGGUCAUUGGACGACCAGCCCACCAUCCAAGCCAGACUCAUCCCCGGCCCUCACCCUCCUGCUGUCCGAAGUCCAAUUUGACUCCUCGCCCAACGUGAGCCACACAAGCCUGGCCAGCCACGCCAGCCUGGCCAGCGGUGGUGAUGACCAGCUCGCCGCCACGAUCGAAUUGCUGUCAGCCGAGCCCGCGACGGCGGUCCUGACCAGCCAAGACCAGCUACUCAUCACUGGCCACCUGUCGCGCAUCUCAAGCUCGUCCAAUCAAGCCGUCCUGCACCUGCAAAUCAGUGCCCGUGCGCUUGGCCUCCAGACGCAUGGUUGCCACAGCGGCUAUCUCACCAUGGACGGACACCGCCGAGCUCGGCUUGUGCUGAACGAUGAUCCACGUGCGACCACUUUACCGCUCGUCGGGAUCUGGUGUUUCUGCCCCGUUGCCUUGGCCUCACUUUGGUGGCGCCAGCAAGCUUUGAACUACUGGCUCGACGCGCGUCUGAAGGACCGCGUGUUCCGGGACAAGACCUGCUGCCUGCUUGCUGCCUUUGGGCCCGGCCAAACGUGCGUUGCACCCUCUUACUCCCGCUGGCACAAAGAGCAACGCUGGGGAAAUUUCAAAUGCGUAAAUACCAUCUCGACUGCGACUCACCUGAACUCCCUCUUUAGCCAACCAACAUGGUUUGAGCUGUGCUUCAGCGAUGUGGAGCCAGCCGUGGUCAAGCGCUCUGCCACCUUCUCACUGCCCCCACCUGCCUUGCCCAUCUCCCCAGCACCAACCGCGCCGCUGGUGACACGCAUUGCCUUGCCUGAGCAUGACGACCAAGCGCUAGGCCAGCGCGAGCUCUCCUACAUAACCACGCACGCAUCGUCCCCUGCACGCCCAAACCGCAAGACGGCUGAUCUCAGCGCGCGCUCGCCGGGCCCGACGCAUAGUCCACGCCUGAGCCCCAUUCCUACUGCAGGUCCCAGUGAACCGGAUAGCCCCGCCAUCAGCCUCGUGAGUAGUCCAGAGCCAGAGCCAGCACCCUCUCCGAGGCAUGCAAUCGACAGCUCGCGCAUCCUCCAUAGCCUGCCCGAAUCGUGGCGUGAAGCACGGCCCUUUACGGCCUCACCCAGCUCGCACCGUCCGCCCCUUACGGAUGCGGGCACAACACCCUCUGCCAUUGACAUGGCACCGAUGAGUACCAGAGCCACGAGUACCGGGAACGAUGUUGACACUGAGGAAGAAGCACGACCACGCCAGACAUCUCCGGUCAAGGCCGCCCCUGCAGCGUGGCAUGCCGAGCCCACCCCACACACCAGCGACUGUCUGGACCUCACUUUUGAUAGUGUGGACGAAGGACCCGGCUUAUCCACCACGAGUGGCCCUGCGGCACCCAUGCACUCGAGCGAGACCAAAACAGCCACGCUUUCGCCCGUCUCUGCCAGCCUGGCCCCUCGAUGUGCCAGCGCCAGCUCGAACCCUGUCUCGUCACCAUCAAAAUCGCAGCUACAGACUCGUCGACGUCAAGCACCGGGUCUAACAGAUGUGACCAAUCGUGCCUGCCCAGAUGCACAGCUAUCUGCUGCACUCCCACAACUGCAUGUAUGUUCCACAGCACGCGCGCGAUUUGGCAGUUGCCUCGAGUGUGGCGUGUGUUGCUCAUGCUUUCAGCCGCCCCUGUAUUGGGCUUUACAGGCACGCCUCAAACAAGUCUUGGAUGCAGUGGCCUUGCCUAAGCCGCCCAUUCAAGACGCAGCACCAGCACAACGGUUGCAACGGCGCCCCAAAGCUGCCUUGCGCACGGAGAUACAGCCUCCUGUAUACAUGCAAGUGCCCGCUGUACCGCUGAGUCCCUACAUGCACGUUUCGCCGAUUGAAACAAAGUCUUGGCUUGGGAGCACAUCAGCCCCCAGCGGUGCGAGGUCAAGCCAGAGCCCCGGCACUUUGCCCGUGGCAGCCAAGAACGGGCGUAAGCUGCUGGACACGGUGUUUCUUCGCAGUCAACCCGCGCUGGGAUCCGACGAAGGGUAG